GUUGAUCGAACGAAGAAAGGAGGAAAUGCGCAGCCCAGAUUCUUUCUCAGCUCUGCCGCCACGCUUUACUUGAAACGAUACAAAUCCAUACACCCUCUCGUUGAUCGAUGAGCUUACAAGCAGAGAUCCCUGGCUCUUUCAUUAAAGUCUUUUCUUCAAAUAUCGAUGCAGUCGUAGGAUUUGGGGAUGAGUUAAACAUCGAGGCCAUGAAGACUCAGUUUAUUCUAUGGACGUUAAACAUGACAAUGACAGGCCAAGCAAUCAUUCGAAUUUCGCCUGUAUUUUUUGACAACUAUCGCGUGAAGCGGCCUACAGUCAGCAGAGACGAACGCGGACGACCUGUCAAAGGCGAAAGCUUACGAGCACGUGUGCUAAUAAAGAAACUGCGGACGGUUUUCCGGAAGAACCAGAACAUAUUGAACUCCUUGGAAAAAUGCGAGAUCACCUUGCAGGAUCCAGGUGUUCCAAGAGAAGGAGAGGUCGUAAAUGUUGAAUCGAGGUUUAAUAUCAAGCUUUUAUCACAACAAGGUUUAUCAAAGAAGCAUUCAUUGCGAUACGGCGAAACCGACCCCGUAGUCGCAUUAUAUAGGAAAACCAUGCAGCACAAAUUCGCCGUGGAUGCGAAUCUUUUAAAUGAUUAUCUCUGUUUCUUCCACCCCAAAGUCACAGACGUAGCGAUCGAAUGUACCCCAGAUGCAGUCAAGAUUAAGUCAUAUUAUAGCGAUUCGCACCGAGCAGGGGAUCGACCCAUGCAUAGCGAAUUUACGAUCAAUAGCACAGACUUUGCAUCAUAUCAAGUCCAACGCAAUGUUCAAGUGGCAUUCAAUAUUAAAGAAUUCAAGACAGCUAUCAACUAUGCGGUGGAUAUGAACAUGUUGCUAAGUGCAUGCUUUGAUGAACCUGGAAAGCCCAUCGUAUUCACAGUUGAGCUGUCUGACAUGAUUAUUGCCGAUUUUGCAAUAAUCACCCAUCUGGAGGACCCUGUACCAACACAAAUGACAUCCCAUACUGAAACUAGCAUUGAGACUCGAUCCGGCUAUCGCUAAUUCUCAUAUAACCCAGCAUAUUUAAAUACACACUCAUUCCACUAGCAUCUGUAUAUAUAUAACGAUCUUUUCAUGUAAUAUUAUAGUUAUUAAAAUAUAUAUAAACUACACACACAUACGAAC